UAUUAAAGUGUCACGUCAGGUUACGGCUCAUACAGUUUUAUAUCACGUUUGUUGCUCCAGGUAGUGAUUUGAUGAGUGUGAGACAGGAGUGUUACCAAAAAGCGUCAAACGUCAAUGAGUUAAAACACUCCUUCAAUUGUUUAAUUGACUUUUCUUUUAUUAACAACAAUAACAAAAACUAAAAUGCAACUCUACUUUGAGACAGCGAGGGAGUUUGUUAAAACGCACGCCAUCGGUAUCACUGUCGCAGUUGUAACAGGGGCAAGCCUGCUGGCCUUGCGGAGGUGGAUGGCGGGGGAAGUGUGUCGGAGCAAGGCCAGGCUGGAUGGGAAAACAGUGCUGAUCACGGGCGCCAACACCGGCAUUGGCAAGGAGACAGCCCUGGAUCUGGCACGACGAGGGGCCAGAGUGAUCCUGGCCUGCAGGGACUUGACCAAAGCCCACACGGCGGCCGACGACAUCCGCCAGCAGAGUGGCAACGACAAUGUGGUGGUGAAGAAGCUGGAUCUGGCCUCCUUGCAGUCAGUCCGAGACUUGGCAAGGGAGGUUAUGUUGACAGAGAAUCGCUUGGACAUUCUCAUAAACAAUGCAGGUGUCAUGAUGUGCCCGAAAUGGAAGACGGACGACGACUUUGAAAUGCAGUUUGGCGUCAACCACUUAGGACACUUCCUGCUCACCAACAUUCUCAUCGAUAUGCUGAAGAGGUCCGCGCCGAGUCGAAUCGUCAUCGUCUCCAGCUUGGAGCAUGAGAAGGGUCGCAUCCACUUUGAGGACAUCAACUUGGAGCUAGACUACCAACCUAACGUAAGCUACCGCCAAAGCAAGCUGGCCAAUGUGCUCUUCAGCAGAGAACUGGCCAACAGGAUGAAAGGCACCGGCGUGAACACGUACUGCCUCAACCCCGGCGUCGUCCGGACCGAGCUGGGCCGCCACUUGAGUCCUACAUCCAUGUGGAAGAACCUGCUCUUGCUGCCUUACCUGAUGACCAUCAAAACUCCCCAGGAAGGAGCUCAGACCUCCAUUUUUUGUGCCGUGGACGAGAGCCUGGCUAACGAAAGUGGCCUCUACUACAGUGACUGCGCCCCCAAGACUCCUGCCCCAGCGGCCUUGGAUGAUAUCGUGGCCAAGCAACUGUGGACUCUCAGUUCUUCCAUGGUUGGCCUGCUCUGAAGUCAGCAUCCCGCUAUUCCUUCAUUCAUGAUGCACAGGCCGAAAAACUCAUUUACUGCAUUUUUUUUCCCCCGCAUUGGUUUUAAUGAGACCCAUAAACUUUGCACUAUAAACAUUCUGUGAUCUGUGAAGUUAUUAGGGCCGCAAGAGUUACAAUAAAAUUGUAAUAUUAAAAAAGAUCAAUUUGUUAUGAGAAAAAUGUAGAAAAGACUGUUACUCAUACAUUUUCACUGUCAUUAAAGUUGAUUUUUUUCAAUGUAAGUUUCUUUUCAGUAUGUCCUCUGUCGCAAAUGUCCUUUUUGUCUAUGGAUAGAGAAAGUCUACACACCCCUGUUCAAAUCUUACAUUUUUGUCAUGAUCAAUUAUUGCAAAACUUUAAUCCUAAAAUGUGAUCUACACCUGUAAACUGAAAUAAUGUGGUUGCACAAGUGUGCACACCCUCUUGUGACAGGUGGUGUCACUGUUUGGUAAUUAGCAGUGUUAGUACAAAACCUUCAGGUUUGUGCUUGAAAGAAAAAAGUCAGGAAAAGCAA